AUGCCAAUGAGUGUUUUUCACGUUCUGCAAUCGUCCACCUUGUACCAGUGUGGAGCGGAAUGUCUGAUGAACCGAAAUUGUUUGUCAGUCAGCUUCAUGAAGAAAAAUAAAGUUUGUUACCUUAACAGUGAUGACAGUAACAGCGGCACCAUCGUUCAUGAAAAUGGUUUCGUCUACAGUGAUAUCACGCAUUGGCCGAAGUCUUUAGUCGGACCAUGCGAGGACAUAAACUGCAUCCCUGGUUCCAGAUGCGCUGUCGACCGACUCAAGAGAUCCUACUGUGUUGCAGGUGCAGAACAUUGUGGCAGUCCCCCUAGCCCCGGAAACGGCACCGUGAGCUACCCGCUCCAGUCUUGGGGGGCUAUCGCCACCUACAACUGUGACGACGACUACAUCUACUGCGGAGCCACCACAGACAUCCGCUGUCAACAAGACGGCACGUGGGAGGAAGCCAGUACAUGUGAAAAGUCCAUCUGGAACGUGAAGAUUUCCGCAUUCGACAUUCCUUGCAAGUCCUUCGAUAACUUUUUUUUAUCUCUCAAUGCAAGUUUUACCAGGGAAACAAGAUUCCAACUGAAUGUAGUUCGUGGAUCCAAUCUUGCACUGCACGUGUCUAGCCGGUUCAACGACGAACAUGGCCGCUUCAUGGUAUUCAAUACGAACGUCAACGGCGUUUGGGGCAACAGAUAUGGUCUGCAUUACAUGCCACUGAACGUCUACUUGGAUGGAAGUCAUGUUAUAACAUUUGACCGAACUAUUCAGAACAUGCACCCAACGUAUGCCCGCGUCUCUGGUGACGUCUCUCUCCACCAAAUCGAGAUUAAGCCAAUGAUCUUUUAA